GCUGUCCUCGGCAUAGCUCGACUAUUUCCGCCUCUUUGUUUUAAACUCCUGCCGGAUUUUUUUUUCCUUCUCAUUUUUAUCUGUUCUUUUUUUUAACUGGGGGGACUCAGGGGGAACCUGGGACUCCCCCUCUUUCCCUUCCCCUUUGACCGUGCUUUUUGCAACGGCAGAUCCCUCCUUGCUUGGUUUUCCAUUUGCUUAGACACACACCAAGGCUCCUGCCCUGUGUGUCUGUACUGUGCCCGGUGGAGAAACCCCCUACAGCAACCAGAAGCGGCUUCAUCUCCAGAGACUCCUAACAUAGAGGCUGCAGUCUCACAACACCUUACGGAUCGCGGCAGCAGACACCAAAGAUGCUGACCAGAAAGAUAAAGCUCUGGGAUAUUAACACCCAUAUUACGUGUCGUUUGUGCAAUGGUUACCUUAUUGAUGCUACUACUGUAACAGAAUGUUUGCAUACGUUUUGUAGAAGUUGUUUGGUGAAAUAUUUGGAAGAAAAUAACACCUGUCCUACUUGUAGAAUUGUCAUCCAUCAGAGCCAUCCUCUGCAGUACAUAGGCCAUGACCGGACAAUGCAAGAUAUUGUGUACAAGCUUGUGCCUGGCCUCCAAGAAGCCGAAUUACGUAAACAAAGAGAAUUUUACCACAAACUUGGCAUGGAAGUUCCUGGCGAUAUCAAGGCGGAAAUUUGCACUGUAAAACCAACAGUAGAAGCCCAUCGGAAUGGGGAAACAAAAUCAGAAGAAACUACAAAUAAAGAAACCUCAGAAGAAAAGCAGGAAGAAGAUCAUGACUACCACAGAAGUGAUGAACAGGUGAGCAUUUGCUUAGAAUGUAACAGCAGCAAAUUACGUGGACUAAAGCGAAAAUGGAUACGUUGUUCAGCACAAGCAACAGUUUUACAUUUAAAGAAGUUCAUUGCCAAAAAACUUAAUUUAACAUCUUUUAAUGAGCUGGAUAUAUUAUGCAAUGAAGAAAUUCUGGGAAAGGAUCACACGCUCAAAUUUGUGGUUGUCACAAGGUGGAGAUUUAAGAAAGCGCCCCUUCUCCUACAUUACAGACCGAAAAUGGACUUGCUGUAAAAUAACUUAAAUGUCCUAUUGGGACAAAGGUUUUGCAGAGACUAUCAUGGGCACCGCCCCCGAGCAUCCUGUUGCUCAGAACAUGUGACAUGAACCAGCGAAUUCAAGCCAGAUGAUUGUAGCGCUCCAACGGAAGACCCUGUUCACUUUGAUUCAUUUCUCUUGCGCAACAUGAAUGCCAGAGCUCUGGACAGAUAACAAAUAUUUAUACUUUUUGUACAAAAGAAAUAAUUUUUCACAACUCAAGACACUACCAGCAUGGCGUUUACAAAUAUUGAAAACACUUGUCAUGACUUUAUGUCUUUGCUGCAAAUUACAUCCAAAUUGGAUUUGAGAUGUAUUGUUCAUGAUAUAUAUAUAUAUAUGAAAAAUAAUUAUAAAGAAAUAAAUAUAUAUAUAUACAUAUAUAAAUAUAAAAGAGUAAAACAGAGAUUGACACCAAAUUAACCUUAGGUUACAUUUUAAUUUUGAAAAAAAAGAGUUUAAAAAUGAUUUGUUUCUUUUGCAGCUACUUUAUAAAGCUUAUUGUGGCUUUCAGCCAUGUGUAGAACUUUGUAACAACUCCGUAAAAGACAUUUUUAUCGUUUGUGCUAUAAACCAGCAUUCCUGGAGAGCUUUGGCUGGGGAGAAUGAUCAAUAUUAACGAAUAUUCAACAUUGUAAUCAAAUAGGGUUCUUGUAGGCAAUGCAGUGCUAUAUGGUUUUAAUUAUGUUGUGUUGUCACAGUGCACUUUUGAUCCGGUGCUGCAAUAUUAAACAUAAUCUGUUUGCUGCACCAUAGCAGAGCAGUUACUGCGUAUCUUACAUUCUUGUGAGAAGUAGCGGUUUGCUCUCCCGUUGGCACAAAACCAUUCAAAAUAAUUAGCGUAGAAAAUUAUAUUUUCCAAGGCUCUGUUUAUUAAUUAACCUGAUGACUUGUGUUGCAAUUUAAGAGAUCUUGAUUGCUCCUGGUGCUAAGUUUAUCUACUAGACAUCUUAUUGUUUUUGGCAGUUUAUAUUUUGUAACGAUGGACAAUUUACAGUCAACUAUAAAAUCACUGCUCAGAGAAUGGUUAAACCCGAGUGAAAUAGUUAUCCUUGGGGACCUGUAGGCCUCCCUUUUUCAAGGUUUCUUUAGGAUUUAACUUGGAAUGUAUUUUUUAUUACUGUAUACAUUCAUAAAACUAUUUUCAUGUUUGAAAAUAUCCUUGGGGAAUCACUUGAAUUUGUAAUGGUGCUACCUUAAACCUUCAGUUAAUUGUGAGGCCCGUUGUGUGCUCUGUACAUGAGUCCCCACCAAUCAGAAUGGUUCUAUCUGUUUAUUCAUACUGGAAGCCAGUGAUGACACAUACAACCGGUUCUUCGUUAUGAAAACUUUUAACAUUCUGCCUUUUUUUUUUUAACAAAAAUAACGUGACAACCUCAAAAGUAAAAGAAAAAAAAAAAGAGCCUUUAAGAAAAUAAUAAUAAUAAAAAAAAUGUCAGAAGUUCCUUGUUCUCCGGUAUUUAUUCCCUUUAUAAGAGGUGUGGAACAAGGUAGGGGUGUUGUUUGCACGGCUCGGUCCAACAUUCUACAGGCCUUGUAAAUGAAGGAGAUAUACUGGAUAUCAGAAGGCCUCUGUGAGGUACAGUUUAGUAUUACUCCUUGAGCAUCACACGAAUUGUUACAUUUGAGAAUGGGCAAGAAAGCACUUUUUUGGCAGAUUUUAUUGAUUACUUUUGUGCUAUCGAGAAAAAAACAAACAAACCACACGUAGCCUAUUUUUUAUUUGAGAUGUAUUUUGAAAGUGGAGAAUUUUUGUUUGCAGUGAAGGGUUUUAGAACUGCUUUUACUUAUUAACAACAACACAAUAAUAUUUAUGUUUCUGAAGUACUCUACAACCAUAAGACCACGGAUAAGUAUGCAGUUUCAGUUAAUAUAGUACUUAUUGCAAAUAGAAACUUCUGACAGAAUAUAUUAAAAAUUUAAAUAGGAAUGUGGGGUUUAAAAAUAACUUUAUAAAAUUAUUUAUUCUAUUUUAAGCUUUCUAUAUUAUUUUACCAUUGAACACUUUUAAGUGACCAGCUUUAUUUACGGGCAUAUAAAAUGAAAUUGUACAAUGUUUGACAAGCUUCUCCUUUUUUCUUUCUUUUUUUUUUUUUCUUUCCUUUGUUUUUCUGUGAUGGUAAUAAAAAAAAUGCAUCCUGAAUGCUGCUGUGCAAUAGAUUGCAAAAUGUUUUAAAUAGAUCAAUUUAUACCCAUUCAGUGCUCUGAGACAAUAUUCAGUUGGGACUUUCAGAACAUUGAAAGUGGAUAACAAAAAUUUUGUAUUUUGGAUUUUUGAGCAAUGGUGAAAAAUUCUGUACAAUAUUGUUUUUUUAAUUUUAUAAGAUGUAUUCUAAAACUGUUCAAAGGGACAUUGUAUUGUAAUUAUUUCUACUCUUUAAUGUGUUUUCAAUUAUCUAUUUUACACGCUGGAGUGUAUCAAAUUGUUUACAAAUAGCUGAUCUACAUUUAUUUUGUCAUUUGAAAUAGCUGUUGUUGCCUGUUGAAAGCACCAUGCAUAGUGAAAAUGUGAAUACAUAUUAUUCUCUGUAGAAAAGCUAUGUAAACAAGCAUACAUCAAGUUCCCAGUGGGCAUGGAAUAGAUAGGUGAUACAUUUUCUUUUUCAAUUGUUUUCUCUAAGUAUUAUUUUGUUGUGUAGAUAAGAUAAGGAAGCCUUUAUGUAUUGAGUGAUACAACUCGAUCUGCUAUUUCUGGAGGUGCAACCAAUUUAUAUGGGCAUGUUCUUGAGAAUAAAGGGUUGAGGUUUCAAGCAGCACAGAUUUCAUACAUAAAAUAAGUAAACAAGUCAUUGGAAACACAUUAAUUGGAAAUCAAUUUUACAGUGCAAUGUCCCUUUACUUUCUAUGCAUUUACUGUAUUCCACACAAAAAAUUCAGUUAGUAUUAGGAUGUUACUAGGUUAUUUGAACUGUUGAUACUGGACACCAAACCAUUUUGGAGUAUAUACAUAUUAAAAAGGUGCUAUUUAUAAACAUGUAUCAUAUUUUUUGUUUACAAUCACAUUUUGUUUUAAAUAUCUGAAUACAGAUCUAUGAUUUCCUACCCACACAACCUUACUGUGUUAUAUCAAGCGCAAAUGACGUUUAUAUGGAAAAGUUCAAUUUGCCUAUUUUACUGUGAUUUUCUUUUCUUAACAGAAAGUGAUUUCAAACACUGAAUGUUAAGUUGAACACGUGUAUCUUUAUAGCUUCUUUUGUUUAAAUACAAUGAAAAUAUCUUUAUUCAGGUACAAUUCUAUGGAUGCAGCUAAAUGUAUUAACCCUAAAAUGUAUGGCACCUUUUUUGUGAUUUUUAUUUUUUGAGAAAAUCUUUAAUAUUUGCUAAUUAAAUUCUCAUAAAUAAAAUAUCAAAAGUUGAAUUGAAAAAUAAAUGUAAUAAUAAUUAAUCCCAUUUGUUAUUUGUUCUGCCUUACCUGGAACAAAGUGGAAGAAUAACAUAUUCAUAGUCAUAUUCCCUUUAUGUGAAACCGUGCAACAAACAGUUUGAGUAAUUUAUGGUUAAACUGAAUUGUUCAAACUAGAAAAAAUAAAUCAUUCUCAUUAUAAAACUGGAUUUAAAACAAGAAGCCAUUGCUUUCACUGCAAUUUUUUAAUACUUUAUUUACUGGUAAAACAAAUGUUCCCAAACAAAAUACAUUACUCAAAUUUAACAAAAAAUACUUGAAAGUUUACAUUUUGUGUUACUGUGUAAAAAAAAGGUGUAUGGAUUAUAGAUUUUUUUUUUUGUUUGUUUAAAAAUCCUUUUGGGAGAGGUUUAUAUUGCUUAAUUGUUUUUCUUACAGUGAAGCUUGUAUUCUGUGUUUUGCCAAUUAAUAUUAUAUGCUUGUAAUAAAAGCAAACAGAAAAAACGAAGA